AUGGGAGCCGAAAGGCACCCGAAUUUCAAAUGGUCUGCGUUGCAAGGUUGGGACUUGCAAAUGUGUCGCGGCGCCUCGGAGAAACUCGGUGUGGGAUCGUUUGUCACAGACGGGCUCCAGAGUGGGAUUGAUGAGUCAUUGUUCAGUGGCAAGAUGCCGGGGGAAAUUGCGCCGCGGGGUCGUCCUGCCUGGUUGCGAGAGAUAGCGUGGCGUCAGUUGACGAAAGACUUUGUUCGCUAUUUGCUCGAGCAAACAGCUCUUGAUUGUCCGUCUAAUUUUCCGCCUCCCUCUCUUGGGGGUCUUCCUUUUCCAGAGUCCCACUCGACCGUCGUCGCUAUCCGAGGACACAAGACGAGCUUGCCCUGCGACUUGUCCUCGCCGAUUCCUGAUGACCCGGUUCAGCUGAUCCUGUGGUACCGCGAAGACACCGGAUCGCCGAUUUACACGCAGGGGGAUCAGGCCUUUCCAUUGGGAGUUUGGGACCCACCACGGGGGACUGAUGAUCCGGUUGCACCCAUGCCAGCCGAGUUGGAUGAAGAACAGACUCAUUUGUGGAGAGCUCAUCAGGAGUGGCAGUUGGCUUUGUCACCUGCGCGCGGGCCGGCCCUUCGGGACUGGCACCAGUCCUGA